GCCUUCGACGUCGCGCAUCGCGUCCACGCGCACACGCAAGCAUGCUCUGCCGCCUCGUCGUCCUCGCCGCCGCCGCCGCGGCCUUCGCGCCCGCGGGCCUCACCGCCCGGACCUCCGUGGCCAUGUCGGCGACGAUGAGCAAGGCGAAGCUCACUACCAUGGUCAAGGGCCUCACGAAGGAGACCUUCGAGUCCAUCUACGAGCAGGAGGCGUGGAUCGUCGAGAACGGCGGCAAGACCUGGAUCAAGAAGACGCUCAAGCGCGUCGACGAGAAGGCCAAGGCCUUCGGUCUCACCGUGAAGCCCGACUUCCUCGCCAAGGAGAAGCGCACGACCGAGGAGGUCGAGGCCGCCGAGGUCCUCGGCGAGGAGCGGGCGGCGCCGACGGCCGCCGCGUGGCGCGCGGCCUGCGACGCGGAGGGCGUCACGUCCUACGCCGACUUUGGCAUCACGCUCGCCGCCUCGGAGGCCGCCGCGCCCGCCGCGCCGGCGGGUCCGCCGACGGCCGCCGCGUGGCGCGCGGCCUGCGACGCGGAGGGCGUCGCGUCCUACGCCGACUUUGGCAUCACGCUCGCCGCCGCCGGCGUCGUCAGCAAGGCGCCGGAAGCCCCCGCGGAGGUCGCGGUCUCCGCGGAGUUGGAGGCCCUGGUCUCCGCGCUCGCCUGGGCGCCCGAGGCCGAGGCCGACGCGGCGCUCGCCGCGGAUCAGGCCGCGGAGGCGCGCGCUCUCCAGCAGCAGGCCAAGGCCCAGGCCGAGACGCGCGCCGCCGAGGACGCGGCGGCCGCGCUCGCCGAGGCCGAGGCCGAGGCCGCGGCCGCCGCGGCCGCGGCCGAGGCCCGGGCCGCGGAGGAGGCCGAGGCCGAGGCCGCGGCCGACGCCGAGGCCAAGGCGGCCGCGGACCUCGCGGCCGAGCGCGCCGCGGAGAAGGAGCGGCUCGCGGCCAAAGCCGCCGAGGAGAAGGCCGCCGCCGAGGCCCGGGCCGCGGAGAAGGCCGCCGAGGCCGAGGCCGCCGCCGCCGCCGAGGCCAAGGCGGCCGCGGACCUCGCGGCCGAGCGCGCCGCGGAGCAGGAGCGGCUCGCGGCCAAAGCCGCCGCGGAGAAGGCCGCCUCGGAGGCGGCAGCGGCGCAGCUGCCGGUGUCCCCCGCCAAGGCGAGGAGGCUGUCGCUCCGAGCGGAGGGCCAGCGCGCCCUGGAAAGAGCGGAGGGGGAAGGAGCCUCCUGGACGACGCGUCGUCUGAAGCCGUAAUCGAGACAGCACCCC